ACUGCUUGCAGCCGGUCGCGCUCGCUCCUAUAGCUCAGUGCUGGUGAAUGUGCCAAUGGAAUUGAGUUGAUUUCGGCUGUGAGCUGAUCGGUCCGGCGUUGUCUACCGCGGCGAUUUAGUUCAGUUUGUAACGCUUUGAGAGUUGGAUGUGCGCGCGUAUAAUAUUCUCGUCACGUUUAAGACAAUACCAGUCAAUCUAACUUAAACGGAGUGCGGGCUAAACGUUUUGAAGAGGAUGUUUUUGUGUCGCGCUAAAUUACAACUAAAUCGUCAAUGAAUAUGAAAAUCAGAUUUGCCGCUGACAGUGCGCGCGCAACGUUGCAUUUCGUUUUGUGAAAGAAAUUUUCAAAUUUUUGCUUUAUGGAACUUUCAGCAAAGCAAGUGAAACCCGACAAGUGCAAGUGUACUUGAAAAAAAUCUAAAGGAACGCAUGCGCAACCCCCAAAUGAACGCGCUUCUGCUGUUUUAAGGGUUAAUGAAAAUAUAAUCAAGAGAAGAACAAGAGCUGUGAAAGAGUUUGGCGUUGAAGUGCCACAAAUCUACAGACAAACAACAAUCUACAGUGAGCUCAGACACCAACAAAUAAAAAUUAUUGAGGAUCGUACGAUUCGAAACAGCCGGUUGUUAAUCUUGACCAAAAGCUAUUUAUACAGUAUGCGGACACAGAAUUUAUCUAGCUAAGGCGAGUACUGACAUUGUACAACAGCAAUCACACAUUUUGAAAAAGAAUACCAAGUUAUAUACUGGGAACAUCCGGUUUUAGAAUACCACUUAAAAUACUUCAUAAAUAAGAUUGGUCUUGGACCAUGGCGAAGCACGCUGUAUUCUCAACUGGUGCAACGACUGGAAUAUCUGUGUUUUGGCAGCUGUCAUUCUGGUUUACUUUACUAAUCUGCAAUCAAAGCGAGCUGUCGGCGGCGUCACAAUCUUCCUCGCUAGGUGUUUACAUCGUGCGAUCGCCGGAAUCGGCUGUGGCGCCCAAAGGUGAUGAAGUUGUUUUUGAGUGUGAGUUGAAUAUGACUCCAGACCGUUUGGAAUGGCGGUUCCGUCACACAAGCGCACGCGCCACUGACGCGAUGAACUACAGUUAUCUACAAGGUGGCGAGGACGGUCACAACAUCGUCAAUGAAAACCUGACAUCGCGUUUACGUGUAUUCGUCUCGUCCGAAACUUUGGGCGAUUACCAAUGCGUGGCCUGGGUCGGAUCGGCCGCAAUUGCUUCCACGCCAGCGCGACUGACACUCGUAUCCAUAAGCAUUGAUAACUCUAACGGUUAUAGUCGCAAUGCCAUACGUUGGAGUGUAGCACCCAAGAAUUGCAUGUUAAUACGAUGCGGCACAGUGACCUCAAAUCCCCCAGCGGUGUGGAGCUUCUUCCGCAAUGGUGAGAAAGUGCCCCAGACCGAGGUGUUGCCGUCAGCAAAUGGUGCGCUCAUACUCAACUCAGUGUCCUCAAAAGAUUCCGGUAACUACACUUGCUCUGCGAUGAACGCUAUCACCGGCGUGGAGGUGCGUUUCCCGCAACGCAUAGACUUGCGCGUCGAUUACAUAGAUCGCACACCGCCCUACUUCCUUAACAUACCGGUUUCACAGGUGACUGCGCGUCCCGGUGAGACUGCUGUGCUCGAAUGCCCUGGUGUGGGUUCACCACCGCCGGAAGCCGUCUGGAGCAGCCCGAAUGUAAUCAACAUCUACAACAAUCGCACAAAAGUUUUGCCGUACGGUCUGCAGAUCUCCGAUGUGAUACCCGAGGAUCAAGGCUCCUAUGUGUGUCGUUUAGAUAACGGUAUUGCGCCUGCUUUGGUGCAAAUUAUCAAAUUUAUUGUCGUGGAAGCGCCACAAAUACUGCGCGGUCCAGCAAAGGCGCGUACAAACGAAGGUGAUGAGCUGGAAUUGGAGUGUUCCGCUGCAGGCAAUCCUUUCCCACAAAUCUAUUGGCUGAUUAAUGGUGAAGACACUUCUUUGGAUAACGAGACCUUUCACGAGGACCGACGUUUGGUUAUCCGUCAUGUGCAGAAACGCCAUGCGGGCAUCGUGCAGUGCUUCGCGAAAAACGAAGUGGGCGAGGUCAGCGAAGGCAGCUUGCUGGAAGUGAUACCGAAGCAAAUACAUGGCGAAGACUCAGCUCCUCUGGGCACCGUGCCAAUCCGCAUGCCUUACGAGCACACCGGCAACAAGAAUAAGGGCAAGCGAAAGCACAUGAAAAUGCCUAAUAUGGUGCCGCCUUCUCGUCCCAACAUCACACGUUUGUCCGACGAUUCCGUAAUGCUGCGCUGGUAUGUGCCGAAGAACGAGGGGCUGCCCAUACAGUUCUUUAAAGUGCAGUAUCGCAUGCUCGGUGACUCGAGCCGCAAAAUACCGCGUGAAAACUGGCAGACCACCAAUGAGGACAUACCAUACGGCCAACAUGAACGCAUCUUUGAAGCUGGCAAGAACUUUACCUCAUCCGUAUCUGGCCUUAAGCCGGACCGCUUCUAUCGCUUCCGUAUACUCGCCGUUUACUCGAACAAUGACAACAAAGAGGGCAACACUUCAGCGAAGUUCUUCUUGCAAAGUAGUGAGACUCUGGGCCCUACAAAAGCCACACUGCCCGCACCAGAGCUGUUGCGCGUGGAACCACUCUCAGAGACUGCAGUUACCAUACACUGGACCCUGCCGGCUAAUCCCGUUAACGUGCCGGAUGGCUUUUACGCCUACUAUCGGCUCGCCUCUUCAGCGGGCGAAUACCUCAAGGCGACUGUGGACGGUCAACAUACACGGAAAUUCAAGAUCGACUUGUUGGAGCCGGGCACCGUGUACGAGUUCAAGCUACAGUCCUUCAAUGCGCUGGCUGCGUCUGAAUUCAGCGCCAUAUUGCAAGGCAAUACGAAGAAAUUAGCGACUACACCCGCUCCUGUGACUUCUCCAACGUCAGUGAAAGCAAAGAAUAACGACAAACCCAAGUAUCCGAUAGUGGCAGGCAUUGCCGGCUGCGGUAUUCUCCUCAUCGUGGCCAUCAUUGCCGCCUUCCUGUGCAUGAAGCGACGCAGUCCCGCGCCACCAGAAGAUGAAGACAAACCACAGCUGGACCACAUACAGGCCGAUUUUGUGACGCCCUCCGUGCUGGGCGUGGCGCCGCAUCACAAGUCCGGGCAUCGUCUGAACGGCGUCAUACCGCGCAUGAACAUCACGCCCAACCCGUUGGCGCAGGAAGCCGACAAGAAUCGCAACAACGUGAUGGAGCUGCGCUUCCUGCCCAACAGCAACAGCAACAGCAGCCAUGCGGGAAGCCCCAACAAUUCAGCCAGUGCCAGCAAUCUAAACCCGAACCACCAGCAUACCAGCAGCAGCCAUAGUUUACAACAGCAUCAACAACAGACGACCGCCAGGAAUACCGACGAUGUCGAGCCAUAUACACCGCCACCGCGCUCCUCCUCCUCCUGCGAGACGCUUGAAGCCAGUGAGGGCAUAUUCAACGCCAUCGACGCGACCUCACCGCUCUCGAAGCCUUUGCCGCCGUUGCCGAAUCAGAAACCACAAACACACCACAACCAACAGCACCCGCAGCACCACCAGCAGUCGCAUACAACCCUACCGAAAAUGACCAGUAACAAAGCACAAGCGUCCACCGCGCCCAACGCAAAUCAUGCCACAGCUCAUUACAACCACAACACCAACGCCAUGCAUUUGCACACGAAAUCGAGCUCGUCUCAUUCAUCCACCUCAUCUUUUCAAUCUUUACAUAAUUCACAGGCACACCUCGGCUCGCAUCAGGGUCUACACCACGCGCAGCCAUACCAUCCACAGGCGCCCGGCACGCCCACUCUAAUGCACAAACGCGGCGACUACAUGCCGCCACACCAUCUUCAUCAUGCCAACUCGACAGUCGUCGGCCAACAUCCGCCGCCGGUGCCACCACACCAGAACAACAACCACAGCGGCCACCAUAACGCGCAUCAUCUGUACCAGCACCACCAACAGCAGCAGCACGCGCAGGUGCAAUCGCCGCAAACGCCCUCGUUGGAACAACAGCGACGUACGCUGGAGCGCAGUGCGCGCAAUCUGCACUACACGGCGACCGCGGUGCCGGCGAACGCGACGCAGCCACACGACGCGGCCAUGAACUUCGACGGCUUGCCCACGCGUAUACCGUCGCUGCGCCGCACACGACGCUCCUCCGGCAGCGCCAACAAUAAUAAUGGCGGCGUGGGUAUACCCAUCGUGCCGGGCAGUCCGCGCGUGCAGCGUUCGCCGAUGCCGGCGCGCGCCAUGAUGAAGCGCGGUCGGCUGGGCAGCCACAACGACAACAUGUCCUCGGGCAGUUUGAACAGUAUUGAGGUGUAGGCGGUAAGCGGGAAGUGGGAGAGCGAGCGCUUCAAAUUAAGCUAGUAUUAAGCGUUAGUAUAGCAGGGGAAACUAGAGAUUUAGAUACAGACAUAGUUCUAGUAGGUACGAGAGUACUUCAGUGGGUAUGUUUAAAUAAAAUUUGUCAAAUAACUAAGAAUAAGUUAACUCAAGAGACAGUAAUAAAAAAGGAAAACAGAAUUUAAUGAUUCGGGGGGCAUGUCUAAGUUUCUGAUUAUACUACAAAAUCUAGUAUUGAAAUCUCCACUUAAAUUGUAAAUAUUUAUUGUUAGUAAGUUUGGAAAACAGUUAGAUUUAAU